AUGGAGUUCCUUGCGUUGAAACAAGGAAAUUCAACUGUCACUGAAUAUGCUGCUAAGUUUGUGGAGCUUGUGAAGUUUUAUCCACACUAUAGUGCAGAGACAACUGAGUUUGCUAAGUGUAUCAAGUUUGAGAAUGGGUUGUGUCUGAAGAUCAAGCGGCCGAUUGGAUAUCAACAGAUCCGUAGGUUUGUGGAAUUGGUGAACAGUUGUCGAAUUUAUGAAGAAGACGGUAUUGCUCAUUCAGCUCAUUACAAGAGUCUGAACAAGAACAGAGGAAAAUUGUAUCAUGAUCGUAAGAAGCCUUAUGAUGCUCCUGUUGAUGAAGGGAAGCAGAAAGUUGCUUAUGAGAAGAUGACAAAUGGGGGUGGGGCUCCUGCUACUAUCAGAUGUUAUAGGUGUGGUGAACAAGGUCACCAUUCCAAUGAAUGUGAGAACAAGGUGCUUAGAUGUUACAGAUGUGGUAAAAUCGGUCGUCGUGUUCUGACUGCAAAGACGAUGGUCCAGCUUGAGGAUGCCAAGAAGGAAAAUUUGAUUCGAGGUACUUGUUUUAUUAACAAUGUCCAAUUAGUUGCUAUUACUGAUACUGGUGCUACUCAUUCGUUUAUUUCGCUUGAUUGUGCUACUAUGUUGGGAUUGAGUUUGUCUUCUGUGGAUGGUAGUAUGGUAAUAGAUACUCCUGCUAGUGGUUCUGUUACUACUAUUUUUAUUUGUAAGGGAUGUCCUUUGACUAUCCUUGAUAACAGUUUUGUGAUGGAUUUAGUGUGUAUACUCUUCACACCUCGAGGUAUUCAGACUACAAGUCCGAAAAUGAUUCGCUUUUAA